AUGGCCACCCGUGGUCUUACGAGACUGCAAGUCUCCUCCAGCUUUCCAACGCCUGGCUCUUGGGGUCGAUUUACUCAUGCGUGUGCUCGGCCCAGAGGGACGUUUGGGGAGUGCAUCAGUAGAUUUACGGGGCUUGUGAUUGCUGCCAGCAUCAUGCAGAGGAUGUGUGGGGCCUCGCCGUCAAGGAGAUCAGCAUCGGCGUUUGCCUCGUCAUUGCGAACAGAACUCCUUGUUGAUGCAGAUAUUCACAGCAUAGAAGACAUCAUGCAAGCGAUUAGUUGCUUGAAAGAGAAGGGUGGACGAGUUCACACACAGUUGUUUCUCCCACCUGAAAGGAGCAAGAACAAGAAAUGGAGUCAACUUGUGGAUGACCCUGACAUCACAUUUACACCAGUGCCGCGCUCGAGCAAUCCCUCAUCGGAGCCGAACGAUGAGGCCAUUUUGUCCACCAUGCUGAAAUUAUCCACCUGCCCAGAUGUCGAGUGCAUAGGAUUGUUGACAUCAGAUGUAGGUUAUAGGGACAAGAUUCUCCAACUCAAAAGUGCCAGGCAGGCCAGACUCAGCUUCGUAGUACUUGUCCCAGAAUAUAAAUACUUGGUGGCACAAAGGUAUCGAGAGUUGGGAUUAAAGGUAGUUGCAUUGAAGCCCAAGGAGCUGCGCCCCCGAGGCUCCCGGGUUCGAGCAAUCCUACAUGCUAGUGGAUCAGGUUCGGUGCAACUUGCAGAUCCUUUCUAUGAAGGAAACAAAUGCAACCUGGAGCUGUUACAGGAACUGCGGAGCUGGUUGGAGCGCUUGGGAUAUAUGCAACAGACAGACGAAUUGAACAUCACUGCAGCGUGUGCGAAGUUUUGGUUCACGAACCGUUUGGGUUCGUUGACAGUUUACCCGGACUAUCUUGGGAUAUUUGAAGUGUACAAACUCAUGAAGAAGUCUUCAAAGAUGCACUCCUGGAAGAGAUACAGUCGCCAAUUGGCGCUAUUUUUGCCCAGGUCUUCACUUACAACAUCUAAGCAUGGGUUAAAGACCUAUGGGAGUGCACGGGCUGGAUCCAUUUUCAAGGGUGGUGGUCCCUUCUUGUUGAAAGAAUCAAAGCACUUGACAACGCGGGCACUGAGAAGGCUGGGGUAUUUGGAUGACAAUUUUAAUACGGAUGAAUUUGAGGCCAUGUUCUGCUUUGCAAAUGCAAGAGACAACAAGUAUCACUUGAGGAAGAUGGAUUUGCUGCCUGACCAUGGAGACCGCAUAAACGACUUGCGGGCGAAACUGCACACCGCAUUCCUUUCCAAUAGAUACCCAGGUCAAUGGCAGAUUGCGCAGGAUUUGUGUUUGCAAGUGAAGCAGAUUUUGUUGAAGGAACAGCUUUUGAACACCUCCGAGCCUGGCUGCUCACGUCAUAAGAUGAUGAAUGCAAUGAACGCCUAUGUGAAGAGGUAUGAGCUGAUAAGCAUGCACUUGCUCGGAGCGCAUCUUCAGGCUGAGCCACCCAAAGAUGAAGCGCCACCAGCGCUGGUGGCAGAGGCGAUGACAGGGGACCCCGCGCGGGUGAAGUUCAGCGAUCCAGAACCUGCCGUGGUGCCGGUGCCGGCAGCGCCUGUGCUGGCAGCGCCGGUGCCGGCAGCGCCUGCAGUGCUUGCGCCCCCUGUGCCGCCCGCGAAACUGGCGAAGCUGCAAGAGACGGCAAGGCACGAUGUGGGCAACGAGGUCGUUGGCGACGAGUUCGUUGGGUCACGAGGUGGCUUUCUGAAAGUCGAUGUCGAUGUCUUUCUCAGGUGUCGACUGGCGAGCACACGCGAAGCUGCGGGGCAGGUGCAGUUGAAGGCACAGGCCUUGGCACAAGACCCUCAUGUGCGUUCCAGCGCCUUGGGUGCCACGGCCGGUGCUGCGCUGGGCACCGCAGGUGGAGCGGCCACGGGGCUGACGACUGGGACUUUGCUGGGAGCUGCGGUAGGCGUCAUUCCUGCGGUGUUCACCUUUGGCCUAUCGAUUCCCUUCUGCGCUGCUGUUGGCGGAGGGGCAGGCCUCGCCGUGGGGGCGGCCAGCGGAGCCACCUGCGGCGCGGUGGCCGGCGGUGCCACAGGCUAUGGAGCCUAUCGGCACCGCCAUGAGAUCCGGCAAACGGCCCACAAGACCUUGGAACAGGUGACCACGAGUGCUGACUUCGUGAAAGCCAGGAGCUUGCGUAGCCGUGACGGUGUGAUGAAAGUGCAAGACUGGCGAGCAAGACGUGGCCCAACGGCCUUUGGGGCCUUCAAAACCAUGGCGCGGCGCUGGCUGCCUGAUCGGCACUUUUGCAGCGACCUCUUGAGCGCGUCUGCCUUGGGCUUCCUCGGCGACCUCGUGUGUCAGCUGGUCGUGGAAAAGCGCAAGCCACCCCAGGAGCUCUCUGACUUGCGAUGGGGGCACCAUGAGGGCCACUUCGAGCCGCAACGUUUGUGGGCCUUGACCGUCUUUGGUGGCGCCUACACUGGAGGUUUUCUCCACUUUCUCUACAAGUUUUACUCCCCAACCGUGCGCGCAAUUUCAGCAUAUCUUCCUUCAGCGCUCAGUUUGCCGCUGUCUCGCAGCGAAAGCAUGGCGCAUUGCUUUGCUUGCGCGUGGGUCAUGUUGUGGUGUGGUGCGCAUGCUUGGAAGGGCUCCUGCAUAUGA